AAGAAGGAAGCUCCAUCUUACUCUUCUUCUCACAACUUUUCUUUCGAGUAAUUUAUCAAACACUAGUAGUGCAUUGUUGAUGGCUCAAGAGUUGGACUUGGAGCUUCAGAGAUGCACUGAUUCGAAGGAAGGUUCACCCUUCUUAUACCCUCUUGUUGGACUAAGGAAACCGAGAAAGAAGAAAAAGUAGGAAACCAAGAAAGAAGAAGAAGGAGGAGAAGAAGAAGAGAAGAAGAAUGAGUGACGAGCAAUCAGAUUCUGCAAUGAUGAAUCCAUGGGAUAUCAGAGACCCGUGUGAUAUGAUAGACUUUGAUGCCGACGAUGAAGUACCGCAGUUUCAGUUUGAGUGUCCGCCUCUGCCUGAGCCCGUCUGGAAUGGGGACGAAAAGAUUGUUGCCGCCAAUGUAGGUGAGCCGUGUGCCAUGGACGUGAGUGGUAAUGAACCACCUCAGCCGGUUAUUGAUGAGUGUUUGACAGAGCACUAUUGGGGAAGCCCAUUAUCUGAUUAUCAACCACUUCAGUCUCAGCCUGAGCCAUGUGCCAUGGACGUGAGUGGUAAUCAACCACCUCAGCCAGUUAUUGAUGAGUGUUUCCCGGAAGUUAUGAAGAGGACAGAGCACUAUUGGGGAAGCCCAUUAUCUGGUUCUCAACCACUUCAGUCUCAGUCUCAGUCUCAGUCACGUGCCAUUGACGUGUGUGGUAAUCAACCACUUCAGUCUCAAUCUCAGACGGAUAUAGUAAGGACGCUGACGGAUGAGUUUUUCGCUGACACCUGUGGUUAUCCACUACCUCAGUCUCAGCCUCAGCCUCAGACUCAGUGGGAUACCAGUAGGAACAUGUUAGAGCUGAUUCCCGAUGUCGGUAGUCAUCAACCACUUCAACCUCAAUCUCCGGUCUGGACUUGGGAGGAGAACAAAGCAUUUGAGUCAAUUAUUACCAGUUGUUUUCAGGAUGAUAUCCAGAACCGCUGGGAGGACGUGGCUGCUCGUCUCCCCGGCAGGACCCCGACACAGCUGCAAGAACGCUUUCAGAAGCUGAUGAACGACAUCAAUAACAUGACCAUCAUGAUGGAACACAACCCUCUCUCCAUCCCUAUCAAUGCAACAACACCACCACCACCAUCACACCCUUAUUCCACUCAUCAUCAUCACAGGGAGGAGCUCGUGCCAACUGCAGAGGAGGAAGUAGUGCCAACUGCACAAGAGGAGGCAGCACCAACAAAGACAGGAUAUCAUUGGACUGAAGAUGAACAUAGGUAUUUAUAA